AUGCACUAGUCUAUGGUCCGUAAAGAGCUCUAUGAAGAUGAUUAUCUCUUCAAUGAGCAAGAAUUUAAAGAAUUUAGCAUCGUUCGCUCAGAUCCUUACUGGAAAAUAAGAGGCACAGCCUAUGCUUUGAGCUUAAAUAUUUUUGGAACUAAAGAAUAAAUAACAAAAAGAAUUUAAAAUUUGCUUUUUUAAAAUUAUCUCCACAAAAAACCUGAAUCAAAAUCAUUAUAGGAAGUCAGAGAAACAGAUAUCGAAAUUAUAGUCAGAAACCUAAAGUGUUCUUCAAAUCAAUAUGAUAAUAUCACAAAUAAAGAUCUAGUAAUUGGCGAUAUUAAUAUUGAAGAAAAGAUAUUUUAGCAUUAGUAUCCUUGGCAAGUUGUUCCAGAGUUGGCUCGUAUAAAUAAAAAAGCUAUUUACCCAGAUGUAUUUAAAGGAAUGGCUUUAAUGAUGCGUUCCUGUAUGGUAUUUUAUGAUCACUUUAAAGAUGAUGAAGCCUUGACAGCAAUUGUUGCUAUUCCCUAUACUCCUUAAGUUCUUGAGAUUUUAAAUCCUGCUUAAAUAGUAGCUUUGUGCAGAGCUUUAAAUAUGAGAACUCAAUAUGAAGGAAUUAAGAAUUUUGUUGAUGUUGCCAAGCAAAAAUUAUUAGAUAUAUACUACUCAGUAGAUGAUAUAAAUAGGUUACAUGGUAUUACUCCUUGCUAGUCAAUUAGAGAAUGCAGUAAGAUUGCUUCUAUGUACUGUGCCAAUAGUUGCUGCAAACUUUGUUGUCAAGAAUUGCAAAAUAAAAACCCUUGCAUAAUUCAUGAUACAUUUGAUCAAUUUUUAAGAUACAAAAUGAAAUAGCUUUACAAUUUUGAAGAAAGACUUGAUUUUGAAAAGAAUAAGACUCUCAGAAUUUAUUUUAGAAAAUCUCCUAGAAAGCAUGAUGUUGAACAAACUUUCUAACACGAAAAUGUUAAUUGGGGUGAAAUGAAGCUAUACUAUCAUUAUUGUGCUCAAAAAAUCUAAUAUGUUUAUCUUGUUUUUAACUCUGCUGAACAUGCUUAAAGAGUAUAUGCAGAGCGUCACGUCUAUGAACUUAAAUUAGAAAAGUACGAUUGUCAAAUUCAAGCUUUAAGUAGUAGUUUAUGGAAGAAAGUUGAAAAAUACAGUGACCCAGACGCAGUUAUAGCUAUAAUUAAGCCACUUAGCACUCUUGAUCUAGUGACUGAUCUUCCUACAGGCUAAGAAUAUAUUUCUCUUAUUCAUCAAUUAAUCUAAACUAUCACUUAACUUCCUCUCGGUGAUUAUCAAAUAGAAGAAGAUAUUAAUCCAAUUUCUGAAACAAAAGACCACUAGCACAUAUUUGUUAUCCUUCCCAACAAAGAAUAUGUUGAUAGAGUAUAUAAUGCAUAACCAUUUAUGGGAUGCUUAAUUGCCCAUAAAAUCUCACAUAUCUAGCUUUUACCUUUUAAACGUUAUUAACAUAACAUUUGUUUGAUGUGCACAUCUAAAAGAGAACAUAAUUGUUUACAUGACUUGUGCAAGAAUUGCUGCUCUAGAUAGUAAUAUGGUAUGCUUAGAUGUCCUUGUAGUUACAGUGCUAUCUCAGAAAUAGAAGCAAAAAAAGAAGAACUUUACUAAAAGGAUAAAACAAUUAUCAAAGAAAAUAUUUGUGAUAAAUGUUUAAGUGCAAAAGACGCAGAGUGUUCUAAUGGACUUUGCCUUUAGUGCUGUAGAGUUUAGGCAGUUAAAACAAAUUGUCCACUUCAUGAUAUUUCUAAUUAUAGUAGAAAGAUUUUAAGCUCUAAGAAAGAUAACCCACUACAGUUUUCUCGUAAAAUGUUAACAUUUGUAAGUGAAGCUUAAAUUUAAGUUAGAAAUGCUAUGGUGAAUGGUGAUUAUGAUUGGUUUAGACCAAUUUACAACACUCAUGUCAUGUAAGGGAUGAUUAAGGCAAACAGAGAUUUGUAAGAAGUUAAAGAUAGUGGAUCUAUUAUAAGAGGUUUAAACACAAAUAAAAAUAAAAAAGAUGGAAAAAUAUUCACAUAUUAAGCUAAUGAACCAGUUGAAAUAUGGGUCAAUCCUGACUUAAAAGUUGCAGAAGAUAUAAAUAAAAAGGGACUCCCUUAUGUUGAGUAUGCAUAUACUCCAGAAUCUUGCAACACAAAAAGUAGUACUUACAUCAAAAACGGAAUCAAUAAAUACAGAACGUAUAGUGCUGAAGAAUACUAGUAGCAUAUGACUUCACCUUCUUUAGCUAGUUUUAUGAGCUUUGGAUACCAUCUUUUAUUCAUAGGAUUAGAUAGAAAAAAUUUCUCAGUCAAAGAUCUAAUUUAAGAAAUUUAAUAAAAAUUAAGUAUGUAGGUUGGAAAGAUAACAGACUAAAGCAUACUUGUAAUUGAUAAUGAAACUAUUUUAACUGAUGUUUUUACUCAGUCAAUAUUUAUCACAUCAAAGAAUUUAGAUUAGAAUAUGAUUGAUAUAGGUAGAGUAGCAUGUAUUAGAUUUGAAAAUAUUUAUGACGCACUUGCUGUUUUAUGUAAAGAAAAUAUUAAGAUUAGUUUACCUCUAGCUAACAACUAAAAUGGUGAACCUAUUAUUUAUCCUUCAGCAGGCAUGAUUAAAUUCCUUUCAGAAUUUAACUUUAAUAACUUUGUUUAUGAUUAAAAUCAACAACAACUUGUAUCAAAUGCAGGUGUUGCUUUCAAGACUAAAAAUAAAGAAAUUCAAGACUUGAAUAACCAGAUUCAAAACUUAAUUAAAUAUACUCAAUAAGCAAGCAACAAAUAGCAAAAAGGAAACAAAAGAUUUAAUAAUAAAAAAGGUGGUGGACCCUAACCAGGCAAAAAAUUUAAAAAGAAUUGA